CCCCUAUCUAUCAACCACCCUCUACUUCGUGCGUACAUAUUACAAUCAUGGCGGCAAGCGGCGGCGGGCAAACCACACUCAUCGUGGGCCUCUCGGGCUGCUCCUGCAGCGGCAAGUCGACGCUCGCGCGCCUCCUCCGCGACGUCUUCUCCCCCCGGUGCCUCGUCCUGCACGAGGAUGACUUUUACAAGCCAGCGUCGCAGCUGCCGCGCAGAAACGGCUUCGUCGACUGGGACUGCGCCGAGGCCAUCGACGUGCCGGCCUUGGCGGAUGCGCUGUCGUAUGUUCGCGCGCAUGCAUCUCUGCCCCCUGACCUGACGAGCCGUCACGGCCGUCAAGACCAAGAAUUCCUCGACGGUUGCACGGUGCCGCCGGCCGUCGUCUCCCAGCUCGCACACACGCUACGCUCGUCUCUGCCCGCAACGACGACGACGACGACGACGACGACGACGACGGUGAAGCCAACCCCGCGCGUCUGCAUCGUCGAGGGCUUCAUCCUGUACGGCGUCCCCAGCAUGGCCGCCGCCAUAGCACCCCUGCUCGACGUCCGGUGCUUCGUGCGGGCGUCGCGCGCCAGGGUGGCGGCGCGCCGGCGGCGGCGGGACGCGUACAUGUGCGCUCGGUGGGAGGGCUUCUGGGCCGACCCGCCGGGGUACGUGGACGAGGUCGUUUGGCCCAACUACGCGAGGGUGCACGCGUGGAUGUUUGAGGGCGGAGACGUGGAGGGGCGGUUCGCGGAGGAGCGGCUGCGGAGGGAGGGCGUUGAAGCCAUGGUGCGUGGGCCGGUGGACGCGGACAUGGAGGGGGCGCUGCGGUGGUUGUUUGACGUUAUACUAGGGGAGCUGCUGCAGAGAUGCGCCUAGAUGGCGGAUACAACACACGAGAUGGUGUUUCUCCUUCUUUGGCGUGGACCUGGUAUAUAAGCACAUGCUUUUAGUCGACGAACUGUGCCUCUCCUCUGGUCAUGAAUGUGAUGAAACGUCU